AUGGCCCCAGCACUGUCAACUUUGAGGCGCCCAAGCCACCCUAUGUUCACCCGUUCCCCAUUUGACAUCACCAAGACGCUCCUGCCCGCAAUCAGCCCUGGUUCAACAUAUGGACAGCUCAUGUUCGAAUCAACGUUAGCAUUCGUCGACAACCAGACUGGUGAGGAUGUAAACAUGAAAAUCAAACUUCAGGGAUAUGGAUCCACUACCUCUUCUCUUUCAGAAGACAAAAUCUAUUUCCUAUCUGGCCGGCUCAUUUCACCAAAUUCAAAAACCCCCCCGGUCCUUUACUACGACCAGGAAAUGACUUUUCCUAUCGCUGAUUUAGAAGGCUACAGUGUUUCACUUGCUAACAAAGCAGGGUGUUACGGAUUUGGGGUUGUUGUUUCCAAGGCAGAAGCGAAGGAUGAAUCAUCAUCUGUGACUCAGUUCAACAAUCUGUUUGUGAAGAUCCGUCACACUGACUACGAUGUUCAAAUUGCCGGUAACCGGAACCUUGCUAAAGCUUUUGGCCUAUUCCAAAUUGGUCAAGAGGUGGUCAUCUCAGGCUACAUUGCCGGGUACAGUUUUGAGAAUCGUAUGCUUGAAGUUAAUGCAUUGUCUGUGUCUGUAUCAGCCGGGCAAACAUCUACCAACGCAACCAACCUACAGGAUGCAGGGCCUCUUAAUGUCAAGACGCGCCGGUUAAUCCAGAUUAAUUUCAAGAGCGACAACGAAGGAUCUGCUGCGGACCCAGGAUCCACCCAAUUUCUGCUCCCAAAUUCACAGCACAGUGGCCCUGAUGAGGGUUUCUCAAAGUGCAAAGCCGGAAAAUCCUCCGGCCAAGACAUUACCACCACUCCCCCAAAGAAACACAAGUACACAAAGCGUUCUGCGCCGGCUGUGCAAGAUGAGGCUGAUCAACUGGUUCCUGAAGCGUUAUAA